UCUUGUCGGUUUUUAGAAAAGAAAGAGAGAGAGAGAGAGCUCCGUUCCCUUCUCCAACGAAGAGAAAAGGAAAGAAAGAGAGGGAGAGGAAGGGAGAGGGGAGAAAACGAUCGUUCACGUCCGUUAAAAUCCAAGUGCCCUCUCUCAACAAAUGGUUCGUAUCUUGUAAUGGCGUCAUAACGCAUUCUGAAAUAACCAUAUUUGUCCUUGCGAUUUCAAGAAAUUACAGAUGGAGGAAGGCAGGCGUAGGCCGACUCUCUCCCAUCAAAUGUCCGUAGUUGACCGUGCUACCCCUCGGAACCUCAUGAAAUUUCCAGAUCAGGACGUCGAAGAAAACGAGAAGCUGCUGCAGCAGCAGCAAGAUAACCAAACCCUAGCUUCCAUCCUCCAAGAGAUGCCAGCCGUUCCUGAAAUCUUCCCGCCGGGCCGCACGCUUCUCGAUAUCAUCGGCGAGGAGGAAUCCAGCUCCGCGGUCGCAUACAAAGGCAUGAUCGGCACCGGCCGAGGCGGCCACCGUAUCAACUGGAAGCCGUUCAAGGACCGCCUCCGUCUGCGACGGACCGGCGCCGCUUGGAGCUCAUCCGGCUCCUCCAUGUCCGUCAUCGACGAUUUCACAGGCUCGGUGGAGCCCAGAUCGACGAUCGAGAUCCCACCCGAUGGCCGCGCCGGCAUCGUGACGGAGUGCGUCGUGCCGCCGGCGCCGGCGCCGGCUGCAGAUCCCGUCAGCGUCGAUCGGGGGCAAGCGGUGGUGGUGGAGGAGGUGGUGGAGCCGCCCGUUAAGGUUUCGUUGAUGUCGCUGUUGCAGGCGGACAGUCAGGACGGGUCCGUCGCGGAGGAGGAUGAAGAGGAUGAAGAGGACUGGGGAGAAAGUGGAGAGUACGUGUGCUGCGUGUGCAUGGUAAGGCAUAAGGGAGCGGCAUUUAUACCGUGCGGGCACACGUUCUGCAGACUGUGCUCCCGCGAGCUAUGGGUAAGUAGGGGGAAUUGCCCGCUCUGCAAUGGCUAUAUCCUGGAAAUUCUCGAUAUUUUCUAAAAUCUGAGAGACCGACAGAGAAACAAAGAGAACGCUCUCAUUUCCUUCUGUAUUUUUCUCUUUUUUACCGGGGUUGCUUCGCACGUGAAUGUCUACAUGCUUGAGAGCCCCACACGUGCCACUUUAUAGCCGUACGAUGGUCCGGCUCGUGUGAGGUGGUUAUAUUUGAGACUGGCAGAUUGGCGUUUCGAAUUUUGUGAUUUUUAUUCUCUACUUUUUUUUUUUCUUUUUU